CGCCCCCGGACGGCUCCGGUUCCGGUUCCGGUCCCGGGCUCCGCUCCCCGCCCGCCGCCCGCAUCGCCCCGCGGGGACCGGAAGUGGGGCUCGGGGCGGACCGGAAGUGAGCCCGGCGCCUGCCGGGGCUGCGCCGCCGCCAUGCUGGGUGCGGGCAGGACGGCGGCCGGCGAGGCCCGUACCGAGCAGCUCUGCGGCUCCGCGGCCGGUCCCGCAGGCCCCGCCGCGCUCCCGGCCGAGCCCCGGUGCUCCGGUACCGCCCCCCUCCCGGUGCCGCUGCUCUGACCUCCGGCCGGGUCAGCCCUGCCCGUUCCUGCGGAUUAACGCGGCCUAAGCCUCUUUCCUCUCACCGCCCCCGGCCAUGGCCCAGCAUGGAGGACGGCGGCGGUGACCGGCAUGGAGCGGAGCCCUCCCCGCAGGUCCCUGUCCGCGAUGCCGCCGGUCCCGGUGCUCUCAUCCCGCUGCUGCCGCCGGUGUUGGGCGCACCGGGGGACGGGGCUGCCCGAGGGGCCCCCCCCGGGGCAGGCGGCAGCUCCCCGGGGCCGCUGUCCCGGUCCCUGCGGAAGGCAGAGGCGAUGCUGCGCGGCUGCGUCAGCCCCGGCCUGCGGCGCCUGCUGCCCCCGCGGCCCCGGCGGCGCGGCCCCGGCAGCGAGGACGAGGAGGAGGAGGAGGAUGAGGAUGAAGGCUCCGCGGUUCUGACGCCGCUGGAACGGAGCUUCCCGGGGCUGAGCCGGUGCCUCUGUGUGCGGGAGGAUCCGCGCACCGAGACCUUCCACGGCCACGUGCGGCCGCUGCCCUGCGACACCGACACUGGCACCGGCACCAGCACCGCCACGGCCUUCUCGUUCCACCCGGUGCACCCGCGUGUGGCCGAGCGCGGCGCGGCCCUGCACGCGCUGCUGCGGCACCGACACCUCCUCUGCCUCACCCGUGACUACACCCGACGGCUCCGGUCCGCGUCCCGCUUCCUCCGGCGGCUGCUGGUGCUGCUGCGGGAGCCGGAGCCGGCGCCGCCGCUGCGGGAGCUGUGCCGGGAGCUGCGGGUGCACACCGGGCACUGGAGCGCGCUGCGGCGGCGGCUGCGGGAGGACCCGUGGCUGCGGGAGCUGGUGCUGCACCGCAGCGAGGCCGUGGCGCACAUGCGGCGGGCGCUGGUGCUGCUGGCGCUGCAGGCGCUGAGCCUCACUGAGCACCUGGCGGAGGCGAGGCUGCGGGCGCUGGCCCGGACCGGCACUGCUGCUGCUUCCCUCCCGGAGCUGCUCUCAGACCUCUUCCAGGGCCUGGAGCUCUACAACCGGGCGCUGGGUGAGCUGGAGCCAGAGCUGAGCUCUGCUCGCUGCCUUCCCACCGGCCCCGACGGCCGUCCCGGUGCUGCCGAGGCUGCAGCCCGCCCCUUCCCGGUGUCCCGGGUGCUGCAGGUUGUGGCAGCGGAGCGGGGCCGGAUGGCGGCCGAGCGGCUCCGGCCCUUCCUGCAGCCACGGGCCGGUGCCGGUGGGGAUGAGCCCGUGCGCUGGGAGGACACUGUGGUGCCUUGGCCACCGGAGCUCGGGGCCGCAGCGGACACAGGUUCCUGCGGCCGGGAUGAGCCGCUCGGCAUCACUGGGACCCUGCGGGUGCUGUGCACGGAGGAUGAGGAGCUCAUGGGGCUCCUCCUGGGGGUGCUGGUGGCCUCAUCCAGCAGCCUCCAGCACCACGUCCUCCAUGUGCCCAAGGAGAAGCCACCGGCGGCGGCACCGGAGGAGCCCCAAGAGCCAGACUGUGCCGGUUGGGCAGCGGAACCGGCGGCACAGGCCCUGCUCGCCCGGUACCGGCCGCUGUUCUGGGGCGCUGCGGCCGCUGCUCUGGGGCACAGUGCGGAGCUGCUGCCCGGUGGGACCGGCCCGGCCGCGGUGCUUGAGCUGAGCAGAGCCAUCGGUGCCGCUCCCGUGUCCCGGGAGUGCUGGGAGGAGCUGGGGCGGCUGAGCCUGAGGCUGCUGUGCCAUGGGGUGCUCCGGAGCUGGGACUCAGGCUUCACCCGCGCCCUGGGCUCAGCUCUCUCUGACAAGUGCUCCGGGGCUGCGGUGCCGGCGUCGGGGCCGGUGCGGAGCCGCACAGCGAUGCUGCUGCAGGGGCUGUACCCGGGCCUGGGCCUGGCCCUGCGCUGCCUGCGCCCCCUGCCCGACCUUCCUCCCGGCCCCCCCUGCCUGCGCCUGCAGGUGCUGGGCUGCUGCCUGGCCACGGUGCAGGCUGCUCACUCCUGGCUGACCGGCAGAGCCUGCAGGUACCUGGCAGCCUGGGCCCUGCCCCAGUUCCUGCUCGUCACCCAGGGGGACCUGCAGCUGCUGAAGAUGGAGACAGACAAACUGGUGCUGCUGGUGAAUGGAACCUUCCCGGAGCCAGAGGAUGUCUCCCCACCUCCAUCCCCCCCUUUGAUGUCCUGCCAGGAGCUCCAGCUCUGCCAGCACAUUUGUUCCAUGGCCACCAGCAUCCAGCUCUUCUCAGGGGCUGUGCUGCAGAUGUUCUCCACUGGCUGCAAGCGGAUGUCAGCUCAGAUCUUCCACCAGACCAUGCCCCGGGGCAAGCACUGGAGGAUCUCACUGCGACCUGAGCUGCCCAGUUGCCCCAGUGCAUACGCAGCAGCCGCAGCACAGGCAGUGCUGGGGCAGGUGCUGCAGGGAGCGCGGCUGCUGCCCCGCGAUGCGCAGGCCCCAGCCAUGGCCGGGGGCACCACAGCCUUCCUGGAGGCCUGGAUGGAGCACAUCCUGGAGCAGCGCAUCCGCUUCAGCCUGCAGGGGGCGCUGCAGCUCAGGCAGGACUUCGAGCUGGUGCGGGAGCUGGUGGGCUCCGAGCGCUCGGGGCUGGCACCGGAGACCCGACGGGAGCUGGUGGCUCUGAGCGUGUUCCAGCAGAUGGAUGGAGCCAUCCUGUGCCUCCUGCAGCAGCCGGGAGCUGUGGGCAGAGCCGGAGCGCGGCCAUGGAGCAGCAUCAGGCACUGCUGCUCGGACCACGGCUCCCACCCCCCGGAGCCCCCAGCGGGGAUCGCGCAGGGCCCGGACCCGCUGCAGCCUCCGGUGGCUCCGGGUCCGUGCGCUGCCGGUGCUGCGGGGCCGGUACCGGGCCGGCAGCAGCAGUGGUUGGCUCUGCGCCUGCACCGCGCUCGCCGGUGGCGAGUCCCGGGGCUGCCCUGCAUCCGGGACCCCUCCGGGCAAUAAACCGUGACCGGGA